AUGGCUAUGAAUCCCCUCGUUCCAAAUGAUCCUAGAGUCGAGCAUAAAUAUACUACCAUUGAAGAUGAUAUCACAUAUCACUACAUGCUAGCAAAGCCCGAGGGCAAAGCAGCCGCUACUGUUAUACUUCUCCAUGGCUGGCCAGAUCUAGGGUUGGGCUGGCGUUUUCAAGUUCCCAAGCUGCUCUCCUUGGGUCUCCAAGUAGCCAUCCCAGAUAUGCUCGGAUAUGGUCGAACCUCCUCACCCUCAUCCCCUCUGGAGUAUUCCAUGAAGAAAACUUCAGCCCAUAUAGCCCACAUCAUCCGCGAGGUAACUAGUGAGCCUGUCAUCUUAGGCGGCCAUGAUUGGGGAGCGUUUCUUGCUUGGCGUACAGCUAUGUACCACCCCUCACUCAUCUGCGGUGUAUUCACGUUCUGCGUCCCUUUCUUCCCGCCUCGACCCACCGUCAUCACGUUAGAACAGUUCGUCGAAGAACUCCCGGACUUCAGAUAUCAAUUACAACUUGCUAGCCCCACUGCUGAGACUUUGGCUGGGAGAUCAGAGGCUACUUUGAGAGGCUUUUUGAGUAGUAUGUUUGGAGGUGUUACUUCUGAUGAAUUACCUGGGUUUGAGGUCUCUAUCGGGCUCAUCGGGGAAAGACUUGAUAAGAUUACUUCCACACCACUCAUGAGCACAGAGAUUCUAGAUCAUUAUGUCCAAGAAUAUUCCCGAAAUGGUCUUCAUGGCCUAAUGAAUUGGUACCGUACCAUGUCGAUAAACAGCGAGGAAGAGCUCCCACUGCUUGCAAAUAUGUCCGGCUUCAAGUUCCAGAUGCCGGGCAUGAUUGUUAUGGCUGGUGAAGACCCUGCGUUGCCGCCGGUUAUGCUUGACGGCCAAGAAAUGUUCUUUGCUUCGGGGUUGAAGAAGGAAAUCAUACCUGGAGCGUCUCAUUGGGCCUUAAUUCAUUUUCCUGAGGAGUCAAACAAGUAUAUUGAGGAGUUUGUGAAAGAUGUGCUUGGGAAGUAA